UGUUGUUGUUGUUGUUGUUGUUUUUUGUUUAGUUUUUUGUACUGUUUUGGAAAUAAAAACAGAAAAGAAAGACACACACACACAAAAAGCAAUGUCGUAUCCACAGGGUUACCUUUACCAGCCCCCGGGCUCUUUGGCUCUCUAUUCUUGCCCAGCUUACGGGGCGUCUGCGUUGGGUGCCCCAAGAAGCGAGGAGCUGGCAAGGUCUUCGUCUGGUUCAGCUUUUAGUCCUUACCCGGGAGCGGCAGCCUUCACUGCUCCGGCCACGGGCUUCACCAGCCCGCUGCAGUACACCACGGAUCCGGCCACUGGAUUCCCGUCAUACAUGGGUUCACCUUAUGAUGCCCACACAACAGGGAUGGCAGGAGCGAUUAGUUACCAUCCAUAUGGAAGCCCUGGGUACCCAUACCAGCUAAAUGACCCAGCUUACCGAAAAAAUACAACGAGAGAUGCCACAGCCACCCUCAAAGCUUGGCUCCAGGAGCACAGAAAAAACCCGUACCCCACUAAAGGAGAAAAGAUCAUGCUGGCCAUCAUUACCAAGAUGACCCUGACUCAGGUCUCCACCUGGUUCGCCAAUGCCAGGAGGAGACUUAAGAAGGAGAAUAAAAUGACCUGGGCUCCAAGGAAUAAGAGUGAAGACGAAGAAGAUGAUGAUGGGGAUGGGGAAAGAAAAGAUGAACAUUCAGAAAAGAAUCUGGACAGCAAUGAAACUUCGGCUGAGGACGAAGGCAUUGGCUUGCAUGUUGACAUUCUAACAGACCACUCUUGCUCUGCGGAGUCCGACGGGGAGAAAGUCAACUGCAAGAACGGGGACAGCAUGUGCGAGUCUGGUUCAGAAACCAAGGACAAACUAUGUGAUGAUGACGAUGAUGUCGAGGACGAAGAACGGGAUCGAGGCCUGUCUCCAAAGCCUGUGACACCCUCGCCUCUGCCAGGGAUGAAAGCUCCCGAACUUAAUCAAGAGGACACCUGCAAAAAUACACAUAGAACUCGCCUGGAUAAAAUCAUUUCCUCAAGCCCACAAACUCAAACCAUAAAGCCCAAGCUUUGGUCAUUGGCAGAAAUAGCCACUUCAGAUCCAAAACAGCACCAGGGGCAACGUUGUCCUUCCUCGGUAUUAUCAUCAUCAAUUCCAUCAUCGACGUCUUCAGCUAGCACUGUUUACCCUGCCUCUUCAAUCCUAGGAAGGCCUAUUUAUUAUACGUCUCCGUUUUACAGUAAUUACACAAACUAUAGCAACUUCAGCCCUUUGCAGAGCCAGGGGAUCUUGAGGUAUAAUUCUACUGCUACGACAGCUAAUGAGGGGCUCAGUCAGACUGUACUAAAUGCGACCUCUAUUCACAAACAGAGCAGCGACUCACUAAUAAAAAGUAACUCAAACCAGCUAGAGCAACACUUCAGGCCCGCUAGCUUCGAAUCCAGGAAAGACCCCAGUGAGGUGUGCACAGUAGGAGCCCAACUAUACCUAUAGAAGAGUAAUUAAUUAAAAAAGGCAAGUUAUUAUGCUUUUUCGUUUAAUCUACAAGUGUUUGUUUGUGUUUAUUUGGUAAACUUAACAUAAUAUAAUAGUAUGUAUAAUA